AUGGCCACUUCAUCCGCCACCGAACAGUCCUCCGGCAAACCUGCCGACUCACAGGCUGAGCCGCGCCGCACCAGCUUCUCCUUCCUGCGCCGUCAGAAGUCCAACACCGGUCUUGCCGGCCGCAGCGCAUCGGGUGGCAAGAUGAGCAAGAAACAGAAGGCGCAGGCCCAGGAAGAGCUCCUGCGGCAGCAGCGCGAAGCUGCCGCGCUUCCCAAGCAGCCGCCGCAGCUUCCCCAGCCGCCGCCGCUGCCUACCAUCAACACGUUCGGUGGCGAAAACGCCCGCGACUCCUACCAGUUCGUCUCACGCGCUGCUCGCGGCCACCACCACCAAGGUCCUCCGCCCACAACAAGACCCUCGAUGGAUUACAAGACGCCCACCUCGCCGCAGGCUGCCAUGCCUUUUGCUUCCAUCCCCGGCAGUCCUUCGAAACCCAACAACGGCGAAUAUGUCGAUCCUUAUGCCCGCACUGAGAGCAUGACCCACCGCGGCCGCUACAGCUACGCGAGCAGCGCCGUCAGCACCCUCAACAGCCCGCGUCGCGUGCGCAGGAGGAAAGACCCCACGCCGUUCAACAUUCUCGUCAUUGGCGCGAAGAACUCCGGCAAGACGUCCUUCAUCAACUUUCUCCAGACCUCUCUCAGCAUGCCCAAGCACAAGCGCGUGCAGACCCCGCCACCGCAGCCCCCGAAUGACCCGAGCUCGCCUUUCACCUCGCAGUACCUUGAGACUGAGAUUGAGAAUGAGCGCAUCGGUGUCACGCUGUGGGACUCGCAGGGCCUGGAGAAGAAUGUGGUCGACCUCCAACUUCGCGAGAUGGCCGCGUUCAUCGAGUCCAAGUUCGAGGAGACCUUCUCCGAGGAGCAGAAGGUCGUCCGUUCCGCCGGCGUGCGCGACACUCACAUCCACUGUGUCUUCUUGUUGCUGGACCCUAUCCGCUUGGAGGCCAAUGGCGCUGCUAGCCGUGGUACUACUCCGGGUAAGUUUGCUGUCAAACCCACUUUGGUGGGAAGCCUCGACGACGACCUGGACCUCCAGGUCUUGCGGAUCCUUCAAGGCAAGACUGCCGUCGUUCCCGUGAUCAGCAAGGCCGACACCAUCACUGCUGCUCAUAUGGCACAUCUCAAGAAGUCAGUGUGGGACAGCUUGAAGCAAGCGAAGCUUGAUCCUCUGGAGGCUCUCAGCUUCUCAGACUCGGAUGACGAAUCGGCGUUUGACGAGCGUGAAGAAGACGAGUUUGAGGACUCCGAUGAGGAGAAGGAGGAGAAGCCGGCGGACGUCAGCGACAACAUGGACAAGUCGGACUCGAAUGCGUCCGACGACGAGUCUUCAACCUCGGCGUCCUCUCCGCCACCCAAAUCUCCUUCAGGGAACGGCAAGAAGCACGCUCGCAGGGUUUCUACCAUGUCUGCCCAAAUCGAGGAUGAGGAGGAACCCUUGCUUCCCCUCAGCAUCAUUUCCCCUGACAUGUACGAACCUAGUGUGAUCGGCCGCCGCUUCGCCUGGGGGUUUGCUGAUCCCAUGAACCCUGAGCACUGCGACUUCGUGCGCCUGAAGGAGAGCGUAUUCAGCGAAUGGCGCGCUGAGCUCCGCGAGGCGAGUAGGGAGAGGUGGUACGAAGGCUGGAGGACAAGCAGAUUGAAGAAGAGGACAGGCGGCGCCACUACCCCAAGACGCAUGACGGACAACUACGGCAGCAGCCCCUCGUUCGGAAACGGCGUUGGAAGCCCCGUCAACAAGGCAUCUUCGUACAACUCAAUGACGGCAUUCUAA